UUGACGUACAUUGUAUUGUAUAUUUACAAAUGUUUUUACCAUGUUUGAAAAUUUCCGAGAAAGUUAUUGACACAGUGAUAUGUAAAAAUGUCACAUACAAUAAAAGAAAAUGACAAUAAAUCCCAAAUACCACCCAAAAAUUUUACGUACAAUGACAUAGCAUCUAAAUUAUUGCAAGACAAGCUUUUGCUUACUGCACUGGAACUUCACACGGAAUUAGUAGAAUCGGGUAGAGAAUUAAAACAACUUAAAGACUUUUUCUCGAAUCCUGGGAAUUUUGAACUGCAAACCCAAGAAAUCUCAUCCCGUUUGUCAAGAUCUGGUAGCCAAGUUACUCUCGAUAGUUUAGAUUUAACUAGAUACUCUGAAGAUGGUGGUGGAACGGACGAAAGAGUCGCAGUGUUGGAAUUUGAACUGCGUAAGGCAAAAGAGACCAUCAAUGCUCUUAGAAAUAAUUUAACGGUAGCCACAGAAUCUGAGACAAGCUCGCCUGCUAAGGGUUCUUUAAGAAACCUUAAUGUAGGUAAUAUAAAACCUCAUGAACAGAGAGCACUUAAUUUUCUUAUCAAUGAGUAUUUGUUAAUCCAUGGAUAUAAAUUAACGUCCAUCACAUUUGCCGAUGAGAACGAGAGCCAGGAUUUUGAUGAUUGGGAUGACGUUGGUUUAAACAUUUCCAAACCUCCUGAAUUGCUUGCUUUGUACAGGGAAGGGCUCAAACAAACCGGGCAGAAUAACAAUUCUGAGUCUACACAGACAGAAAAUAAUGAUGAAACAAAGGAGAUCAUUAAUGAAAUGUCGAAAGAGUUGGAAGAACUUAAAGAAAAAACGUACAACUUAGAGCUUGAAAAUUCCAAGUUAAACUACAAUAAUUUGAAAUUGCAAGAAGAGCUCAAGCAACUUUCUAGUCAGUUGAUGGUAUCUAACGAAAACAUGACAGAAUCUCACAUUCCGCUCCCCGAAGAAAGGGGAACCAACAAGGGCUCGGCGGGCAGCGAGUCCCCUGAUAGGUUUGAAAUUAUCGAUAAGAACAUGUCGAUAUUUAAGGAGGACAACAUAUCAAACAGCAGUUUUAACGCCAGCGACUGGAUGAACCUAAGCAUUCCCGUAGAUAAUAGAGAUUGUGAUACUACCGGAGAAUGUAAACUAAGGGACUUAGAAUUAAACACAAGCAAGGAAACAUUUGUUAGAGAAGUGUUUUCCUUAUGCUACGUGAACGCGCCCCAUAAAGUAGACAACGAAAUCAUGGAUGGGGUGUUCAACGAAGAUAUAACCAGUGAAAAAUUCGUGCACUUAGUAUCUUCGUCGUUGCUGCGGAUUAUACCGAACAUUAUAUUGAAUAAGAGGGAGGAAGUGAUUCCGUUACUUAUUACGACGGUGCAUCUGAAUCCAAAGGCAUCGGAGAGGGAUAAAUUGUUGCAGCAACUCUUUAAUCUCAAGAAGAAACCUUCGGAACCCGAACGCAAUAUGAUUUUAGCAGGUCUAAUCGGUAUAGCGAAAUGCUCAGGAGAGAGCUUAGUCGAGAACGAGAUCCUGCCGCAGUGCUGGUUGCAGUUGACACACAAGCACACCGAGAGGAGACUCCUGGUCGCCGAGGCGUGCAUAGCGUUGAUGGUAUAUAUUUCGGAACCGAUACGUAAUUCCCUGUGUCUGUCAAUGCUGCAACAAAUGUUGGAGGACAAAGAAGAAACCGUUCGAGAAACUGUCGUUAGAGCUCUGUCUAUACUGGCGUGUAUGUGUAACGAUCGUGACAAAUAUUAUCAGAUCGAACAGCUCGCAUUGAGCACUUUGAACGACUCCAGUAAGAGCGUCGUCAACUUAGACAUUCAAAUAUUGUUUCCGGUGAUUGGGAGGUGGGCGUUAAGCGAAGGUUUUCUGACCUCUAGCUUGUUGAAGAAGUUGUUGCACAAAUUAAACUAUUACAUAAAGGAUACGGAAUCUCCGAAUAAAAUCAACAUAGCUUCUGACAAAAUACUCCGUAUUAUUAACGUUAUCGAAAACUUGCUCCCGUUCUUGUUGAUGCUGGUGGCGUCUCACGAAAAUAUUAUGUCGAAUAUCGAGAAAGAUAUGGCUGUGGAACUGCGACCCGAGCUAAAAACCUUGUGCACCAAUCUGACGAAUCCCGAAAAAUUUCACAAAUCCGACGUCAACUGCGGAAUGAUACUAUACGAAUUCGACAAAUACAUCUCCGAUAACCCCAACAUGACCUGGGGCGAAAUGGACUGGGUGGUUGACGUGAUGCUACCAGACUUAUUCAACAACCUCCACCACGUCGAAAUAACGCAACAGUCCUUGCUCCAGAGCCUCAUGAAUCUCCUCUCCCGCACUUGCAUCGUGUUCGGCAGAAGUUUCUCGAAAUACAAAAUCCGUCCGAUCCUCCACAACAAAAUACAAAGCUUGGAACAGGUCAUAAGUAGUUUCAACCAGUUCUGCCCGAGUCUCAACGUGAUCCCCAUUUAUCUGAUCGUCCUCACGUACUGCGGCGACAUCGAGGAGUUGUCCGGCGUACUCACAAAAUUCUUGUGCGCUUUGCCACUGUGCGGCUCGCCGCUGGACUGUUUAGAGGUUACCGUUCGCAGGCUGUGCGAGAGCGGACUGCAAGAGACCGUGGUCGACUGUCUCUGGUCCGGGGUGGUGCACCAGAGACCGUUGGUUAAGGCGGCCGCCGCUACUUUGUUCUCGGGGAUCAUCGGGAUGUGCGGCAACGAACUGCUCAAGUCCAAGGUGACAGGAGCGCUGGUUACGCUUGCGAGUGAUAACGAUGUCUUGGUCCGAACUGCGACGAUCCCAGCAUUGGGAAACCUCAUUACCGACUGUACCGUCAAAGAAAUUCAUGACAAAGCCUACAUGCAACUCCAAACGUACCUCUCCGAUUCUAGUUUAAGGGAAAAUCACACCCUCUUAAGGCAGCUAAUCGUCACAUUAGGAAACAUAGUCAAUAGCUGCACCCCGUCUUUUCGGAAUGAAGUUAUUCUACCGCAGCUAACCGCUUUAUCGUCUUUUAUGUCUCAAAUGUCGAAUCACACUCGAAAAAUAGAUAUGGCUUUAGCUCUCUUAGAAGCGUUUACGAAUGUGGUUUACAGUCCGUUGAACAAGCAGAGUAUCAGCUCGGUGGUAGUGCCCGGACUGAGGUGUUUAGAGACGGUGGUGACGGAGAACCAGACGUUGCACGUUCACCGCGAAACCGUGUCGUCGAUGAUAAAGGAAUGUGAUAAUAAGGUUGAUUUACCCGUCCCGGUGGACCGCAAUCAAAGCCUCAGCCAGAACGUCAACCAGGGAGUGGAGGAAAUGAGGCAGAAAGUAAGCAAAAUAUUUAACAAACCUACCAUUUCGAAACCAAAUAGUCUACCUAAUUUACAAGGUAUUUUUAAGAAGAAGUAAUCGUUUUGUUGUAUGUUCCACACCUCGUUCGUUACGUCGUGAAAGUAAAUGACGGGUUUGACUUGGAUAAAAAAUUUUCUACUGCGGGAUCGAAAAAAAAUAAAUAUUGGACCUCAUUUGAAAAUCAAGUGCAAAGUAGAGCCAAUUAUCUUUUUCCACCGAUCUAAAAAAUGUGUUUCAGUUUCUAACGAAAUGACGGCAGAAAUGUGGUGCACUGUACCAAUCAGAUGCCCAUGUACCAACUUUCAUUUACCGUCUCGAUGUAGUGAAUAGAGAUUAGUAUUUUUCCUUGUGCCUUUAUAUUUUUCACGAUAUUUGCACCACUUAGAUAACUAUGCAUGCUGGUUGUGAGAUAUUUUUUUAAAUUAUGAUUUAUUGAUAUUAUUAUGAAGUUGAAUAUGUAAGAGAUUUAUUGUAUGUACUUAAAUUAUAUUUUUUAAUAACUAAA